AUGUUGCAUCGAAUUCGCCACACUGUUCCGAGACACUGUCCUCGAAGAUAUUUGUCGCAACUCAGCGCCGUGAUAGCGCGUGGAGCACCAAUCGACGUUCACGAAGAAGUCCAAGAUGCACUCGCAACGGGGAAGCCAGUUGUCGCUUUAGAGACAGCUCUUACAACUCAUGGUCUCCCGCCUCCAACAAAUCUUGCGGUUACACGUGAUCUGGAGACGGUUGUGCGCUCGACUGGAUGCAUUCCUGCAACCAUCGGCAUUGUGGGAGGUCGCGUCAAAAUUGGGCUAGAUAACAAGAAUCUGGAGCGCCUGGCCGAUGUCAAUAGCCCUCCCCGUUCCGUGAAGGUUUCGCGCCGCGACAUUGCGCCGGUCCUCGCUUUGAAAGGAGACGGGGGUACCACAAUAUGCGCGACAUUGAUCUUUGCAGCGCUGGCGGGUAUUAAGGUCUUUGCUACUGGCGGACUUGGCGGAGUUCACCGUGGGGGAGAGAACUCGCUCGACAUCUCUGCCGAUCUACAUGAAUUAACACGCUGCUCUGUCGGCCUUGUUUCUGCCGGAAUCAAAAGUAUUCUGGACAUCGGCAGGACGCUGGAGUAUCUGGAAACGCUUGGCGUGCCCGUCGUGGCUUACUCCAAAAGGAAUGAUUUCCCGGCUUUCUUCUCGCCCAAGAGUGGCUUCCAGACACCUUGGAAUACCGACAACCCUCGCGUGGCAGCGGAAAUUCUUCACACUCAACAGCAACUAGGGAUGGAAAAUGGCGCGCUUUUUGCAGUUCCGAUUCCGGAAGAGUAUGCUGAACGAGGUCGAUUGAUCCAAGAAGCGGUUGACCAAGCAGUCCGCGAAUCUGAAUCGAAUGGGAUGAGUAAACGGGGCAAGGACGUAACGCCUUGGCUACUAGCGAGGGUUGCAGAGCUCACCAAACGCGACUCCAUCGAAGCCAACAUUGCUCUCCUAAAAAACUCGGCGUUGAUAGGUGGUCAGAUAGCAUCCCAGUAUCAGAACAUUAUUUCCAGUCCAAAGGAUCCGAAACGAGCAACUUCCUUCGUGCCAACAGCCGUUGAAUCAUCCAGUCCAUCGAAAGUCAUGAUUGUUGGGAGCUCAGCGGUGGAUAUAACUGCUCAAAUCACUGGAAAAGACUCUGUGGGUUCAACAUCUCCGGGUCAGGUCCGUUUUGGACUCGGCGGCGUAGCGAGGAAUGUAGCUGAGGCGUGUCAUCGACUCGGUCAACCACCCAUCCUGGUAUCACCACUCGGAGAUGAUGCAUGGGGGGCACUAUUACGUGACCAAACUAAGGCUAUAGGGAUGAGGACUGACGGGUUCAUACAACAGUUGGAGCAAAGGACAGCCGUUUGCAAUCUUCUUCUUGGAAAAAAUGGCGAUUUGAUUGGAGGCGUUGCCGACAUGGACGUGACGCAGAAUUUGGACCCGACGCUGGUGGUCACAAAGAUUCAAGAGCACAAGCCAUCUUUGGUGGCUUUGGACGCAAAUUUAUCCUCAGAGGCGAUCCAGGUACUCCUUGGUUCCUGUAUUCAAAAUGAUAUUCCAGUCGAUUUCAGUGCUAUUGUACGCAGUCUGGAUGAACCCACUUCGGUCCCCAAAUCAGCCCGGAUUAUACCCGCGAUCGCCAAUGUUUUCAGAAAAUCGACGAAGCCGGCAGUGUCUUUUUUUACGCCCAAUGUGGCCGAACUGAAACACGUCUACAUGCAGGCUACCAUCGACGAUGGCCUGACUUCUUCUGAUGUUUGGUGGUCCGCAAUCGACCGACUUGCGCUCGGCACGAGCUUUCGAGCAGAACUAGAGCGCCUGGCCAAACGACCAAGACGCGAUGAUUCCAACAUUAACUUCCUUGUUGACGAGGGGGUCGCGCAAAUGGCAAUUCAUUUGACACCAUUCUUCAGCAAUAUAUUCGUCAAGUGCGGCAAACAAGGCGUGCUUUGCGUUCUGAAAUUGGUUGGCACAGAGGCAGACAGUUGGGUGGACAUCAGGAGCAAUCCUGAAAGCGGUUUGCUGGUUGCUCAUGCAGAAUCUGGGUCGCAAGUGUUGAUUGUCCAGCAUUUCCCAUCCCAUCCCACCGAAUUGGUUAACUCGACGGGAGCUGGCGAUUCACUUGUUGGCGCUUUGCUGGCUGGCUUGAGCCAGGAAAAUUCUCCUCUCAGCAACCCACUGUCUCUCGAACGGCUGAUAGAUAACUGCCAACAAGCUGCUUCGUUGACACUGCAAAGCCAAUUAGCCGUCUCUCCUCAGUUGAAUACGAUAGUAGCACUAACGGAAUAA